AACACUUUAAAUGAAGCGGUAGUGUGAGUAUGAAAUUCACAUACCACUCACACGGCUUAAAUAAAACCUGGACGUCACGCCCAAUUAAACAUUCAACCCAACAUUUUCGUUGAUUACCUGCAAGCGCUUCUGCCCUUUCGUCGAAGUAGCAACGUACGAGUAAUGCAACUGUUUAAAGAGUCACAGCUAGUUACAUGACUGCCGUAUCCAGUUAUAGGUUUUGUGGCUAAUAAUCUGUAGUAUGAAGACGACGAAACUGGAAAGCACAUCCAAACGUAAAUGUGAUGUCUGGCUCCUUAUGGAUCAAUAUGCUUCCGGAGGUAACUGGCUUGUGGGAAAGGAUGAUUCGAUCCUGUUUUGGAAACAGGAAGUCUCCGCCUGCACCUGUUGAUUAUGAUUCAGCUGCCAGAAACACACCCAAAUUUUAAACCGAAACUGAAAGGACCGAAAAACAAAAUUUCCCCAAAUCUUAAGAGAAAUACGAUUCUAUCUGUAACAUCAGGUUUUCUAAUGGCAAUUAGUAAAACAUUGAAUGCGGUUGUUGUAUUCGGGGUUCUAUGUGCACUACCGUGUGCCUAUUUCGAAAAUACUAAUGGAAUCGCUGCAGCUGAGGAAGUGGAAGCAAUACUCCCACGUAUUUGUCGAGUCUUUGAUAAAGAGGCCGCCUCUACAAUUGUACUAUGCCGGCGGAUAUACGAAACCAUCUCUCAAUGGACAAAUGACGAUGAACAAACCCACUCGGAUAUGUCACCAAUGAAGGAAAUCGCUCCAACAUUGGAGUACUCUGAUGUCGUGAACGGGAAAUAUUUCGUGAAACGAAACCCAGAUGCGGAACUCAUUAAAAUGAUGCGGAAUCUACGAAGGAGGUCACGAUACAAACAUCUAAGCGACAAAGUUCUCCGAAAAUUGCUUCUCAAUUAUCAUAGGCGUGUGUGAUGUUGUUACAUUGGUGUUUUUGUGGACUUUUCUUUCUCGUGGUAGCGCUACUGCGAACAAGUUUUUUAAAAAUAACGUACACUUCAAUCGCUUUUUUAUAAAAAUUGUUAACCUGUCGAUGUUUUGAGCAUUUUUUUGAAAAUACUAACUCUAAAACAUAGACCACAUAAUUUCCCCCUUAUUUAUACAAACUUAAUAUUAGAUUUUGAACCCGCUGUCCGGCGUUUUUAUUGUGUUGUUUUCGUUAAUCUUUGUAUACGUGCUUAUGUUGUUUAAUUUAUUGCAAUAUACCCUUUUUGUAUUUUGUCACGCAUACCUAUAAAAGUCUUGCUGUUAUCAUAUAAUUUACGCUCGCAGUGUAGAAUACGAAAGUUAUACAGCUUAGGUUCAAAACUGGCCAGGUUAGUUCAAAGGCAUAAAGGUAAUGGGGACAAACACCAAGGCUACCAACUGUUUAAUUCGUUAUCGCAGGCUGAGCUUCCAUAAAGUUUUCAUAACUUAUCGCAAUUGUGAAAUGUUUUGCAAAAAGCUGAAAUUCCAGUUGCCGUACCAUGGUCUCGUCGCUUUUCCGGAGAUCUUAAGAGUUAACGUUGCGGCGCCUUCUAAUACGGGAGCUUAUUGCCGAGAAGGCUCAGCUCCCAGCAUGUCAUGUUCAACCACCGAUCAUUAUCAACACGAUGAAUACAAAACAAAUGCAAGGCAUGUGUUCUAUAUUUAGCAACUUCUGGCAAAGGAAAAGAAAGGUCGAACAGAUAAGAUCUCUUGCUUCGCUUCAACGCUGUCACCUUAAAAUUUCAAAUGUUUAAAAAUGCUACCACGAAUUACGUGUGGUAUUUUCGUGAAAUGAUUAAAUUCAAAAACGACGACAUUUUGUUUCUUUUUUUUAUGUUUAUCAACUGCUUACGUGGGUUUUAAUCUGGCAACAUCAGGUUUAAUUUGCAACGAAGCAUUUAACACAUGAAUGUAAUUCACACUGACAAAUAAAAAACUAUUUAUUUUAAAUUUGAUUUAUGUGCUAAAGUAAACGUACAUUUUUAUUUAUUUUAAUCUGGGUUUAAAGUGUAAUUAUCUGAACGCUAUUCUGGUAAACUAAACUUUAGGCCUAUGGCAACACUAAUAAUUAAAAGCUCCUUUGCAAGGCGUCGUUUCUUUCCUUCGUGUGUACAACGUGCAUCAGCUGGUUAGACUCGUGUGGUCGCUUUAUAGUGGGUUGUAACGAUCAGAUUUUAUUGUUUAAGUGUAAGAUUCAAUAUGAAAAUGUUGUGAACUAUAUAAUUCAGGAUUGAAAGAGGUUAAAUAAUUUGCAACGCAGAAUUUUCUAUCAGCAGUUAAAUGUCAACUUUAUAAAGGCGAGUGUAAACGUGAAUUACUCAAAAGGCGCAUCGGAACAUUAGAAGAAUGAUCCAAUUAUGUGGUAUUUGUAAUAUCGAUUAAGCUCGCUCGAUGUUUCGAUAAUUUUCGUUG